UUGUGUCUCAACAGCCGCCAUAUUCUUGCAAUUGCCCUUAGUGCUCCUUUUUCUGUGGUACAUACCUUUUCCCAUCAGAAUGUUUCAUGCAUGAGGCUUUUCCAUGAUUUCUCACCACAGUGACUGAUAGCGUUAUUGUAAAGAAAAUAGCCGAGAAAGUGGUAAGAAUUGUUAUCAAAAAUUGUUCAAAGAGACAUUUGGGUUUGGAACGACGCCGGUGAGCUCGCAACUGCCGAAGUUUCAGUGCUUGGAACACAUUGUAAAGGGGUGACACGCAAACAAGAAUUAUAACACGCUCAAUAUUUUGGCUGGUUUAUCAGACCUGCAACCGAAGAACUUUUACUUUGGCAAAAACUGCCGAGAAGAAAGCGUUUAUCAGAACGAUGGCGAACACAGCUCGUGCCAGAGUCUACUCGGACGUAAAUGUACACCGGCCUAGAGAAUAUUGGGAUUAUGAAUCGCAUGUUAUUGAAUGGGGGUAAGUAUUCCUCAUUCUUUCCCUUUUUGUAAUUCACUAGACGUGAAAAUCAGUGAGUAAAUAGACGCCUUUGUGAAAGCGGUAUUUUUUCGUUUAAGUGAUUAACAAUCCAGCUAAGCCUUGGACAAGCGCAAGUGUUGUGCACCAACGUGGUUUAUUGUCCGAAACGAAGCAUGAGUGACGAAACGGUCUGCUAUCUAAGGAUAAUAAACUGUUAUUUGCAAAAAGCAGUUUUUAUUGAACGUGAAAUUCCACGUUUCAAUAUAGCAUACGCAUUAGGUUUUGUAAUUGCUACAUAUAGACUUUUAAGCGGUAGCGUAUGCAAUUUCAAAUUCUAUUGACAUUUUUGUGCUAAAUUAUGCGAGAUUUCUGUAACCUUUACUUUGAUUAACAUUGUGUGUACAAGUUAUUUUGAAAUUUUAGGGGAGAAUUUAGGAUAUAUUUUGUGGUAUUAAAUUAUAGAGGCAUUAGAUGGAUUGAUUUUUUUAGAAUAUAUUUUUCAAACUUAGUAAUCUAUUUUAAUAUUCAAAUCAGAGUUGCCAUAGAGCUUAGCUCUCAAUACUUUUCAUCAAGAUUAGUUUUAUUUGAUCUUGAAGAAAUGCACUGCCUCAAGGGGGUGGUUUCACAUCUGGCUUUCUUUGCUAUUACCUUCCACCAUGAUUUAGCUGCCAUUGCAGAUAAGCAUGUGAUUAAGGUAUUUAAUUCUCAGAAUUUACCAUCACACAUAAGUCAUACAACAUUCUGAGGGAAAAACAGAUAAAUAUUUAAUGAAAUUCAGCUGAAGUGCAUAUAAUUGAAUUUGCCAUUUCAGCAGAGUUAUAAUAUUGCACAUGUUACCAUGGUCCAUAAAGGGAAAACAGUAUCUCAAAAUUAGCAAUCAGUUUGUACAUCAGGGUGUAUUCAUGGGAGUAUGAAACAUGCUGGAAGUUUUGAGAGAAUGAGAGAAGCAUUUACAUAACCAAAUUUAGAAGGCAACCACUGAAAUGAAGCCAAAAAUAUGCUUAUUGUGUAGAACAAUUGUUAAUGCAUUAUCGCAUGAAGAUGUACUCAUCAACAUUGAAAAUUUUCUGUUUGUGUGCGGAAAAAGCAACUUACAUUCUAACCUUAAAUGCACAUGCACAUUGAUGUUAUUUUCUCAAAAACCAAAUUCUGGAAGUGCUUGAGUUUGCAUCACAUCCCAUUCCCUUUCCAAGAUUUGCUAAUUAAUGGCUGGUUACAUGGAAUGCACUUCAAAUCCAGGAAAAUUUCAAAAGUCCAAAUUUUUACCUUUUAGGAAGCUAUAGCACAGACUGGGAGAUUUGCUGUAUAUCUGAGAAACUAGUGAAUACAUCAGAAAAGUAAAUUCUUUAUUUUGUUAUGGGCAUGUGACAAAAUGACCAUAACAAUUUUGAAAAGAGCUCUGAUCAAUUGCUGCUAUCUUCCAUACAUUGUGAUAUAAAUGCAAUUCAUGGCCAUGUGUUUCCUCUAUUUCAUUUUUACUUUCUUUUCCUUUGGAUUAGAAGGGAUUACUUAUCAAUAUCUUGAGGUAGUUUGUUUAUUACUAGUCAAAGUAAAAAAAUAAUAACAAUAAAUAGUAUGCUGAACAUAUGUACAGGGGAAAUUGAUUUUGUGAUUUUGUAGAGAACAGUAUCAAGAGUGCUCUGUAAUUUUUGAGUUACACUUGUGUUGUUAAAGCUAAUGUUUAGUAUCUAUUUUUGUUCAGUCAACAAGAUAACUAUGAACUUGUUCGCAAACUGGGUAGAGGAAAAUAUAGUGAAGUUUUUGAAGCAAUAAAUGUGUCAAGUGAGGACAUGGAGAAAGUGGUUGUAAAAAUUUUAAAGGUUAGUAUUUACUUUGUCUUUGGUGUGGUGUGAGCAUGUAUGCAUUUUGCAGUGCAGUAUGGUCAACUUUAGUGGUUUACAUGUGUAUUAUGGUGGGUACAGAGACCAGGAGAUUUGUUUGUUAUGCAAGAGGCUUCUGGGUAAUUCAAGAGAGAUCUAGCAUUUAUAAUGUUAAGGUUACUAGAUGAUCAACACUACAACUGUAUCUUUUAGAAAGCAAAAAUUAUUUUCACUUUCCUACAUGUACAUUUACAGCUUUGUGUAACUAUCUAGGAAGUCAUAGCACUAUGCUUCAUCAGAUGUGUUCAGAUGUACAUCUGGAGUUUGUAAACCAUAGUUGAACACCUGUGCAGUGUUGUGCAAGGAGUACAAACAUGUUUCUGUACAAACUAUAUAUCGGAGAAAAUCCAUGAACAAGUGGAAUCCCUUAUUAGGUUUAGUCCAACAUUUCUAUUGUAACUAAAUGGAAGUAGUAAUUUUGGCAAUUUGUACAGUUUCUCAGCGUAUUUUUCCUUUGAAUUGUUGAUCCAACACCAUUCAUGUGCCAAUCAGCUAAGAACUUUGUUAUGCCACGUAUUAGAGUUGGGGUUGGAAAGAAAAAUCUAAUUUUGGAAACCAUGGGACAUACUCCUUUAGAAAUUGGUAUUGAUCAGCAAAUGCUGAUAUGCUAAUAAACCCCUAAACACUACUAAAUAUAUGUUGUAUUUUAAAAUGAAUUUAAUACCAAAAUGAUUUAAAACUAGUUUUAAUUGCUUUCCUUUUUGUACCAGGCACAUUGAUACAAUUGUUACUACCAGUAGUUGUAGAUAUAAUAACCUGAAAUCAUUUUAAACUGGCAGCUGCCAGUGAACAUUCCAAUUUAGAAGGGUCUUGGGUAAAAAAACAGACGAGAUCAGCCUUUACUCCUAACUAGAUGAGUCAAUAGAAAACUUUUGAUGAUUUUUAAAUUCUGUGAUGCAUUGGAAUUUCACUUUGAGACUACACAGUAAAAACUUUUACUGGAUGCCUGCAUGCUCCUGUUGGAUAAAGGAUGCAAUUUCCAAACUGUUCUUUUUUCAUCAGUUAAGAAACAUUUUGAGCAAGAUAUUGAUUAGUAAGAAGGAAGUAAUAUGUGAACUUUACAAUUACAUGUAGUUUAAAUUAUUACACAGGAAGCAGUAAGAAUAGUAUUGUACAUGUAUGUACAUGGUUAAAUCUUGAAACCUUACCACUUGCAGCAUCAAAUUGUAAUUGGAUUUAACCAUGUUUCGAUUCCAGCCAGUUAAAAAGAAGAAAAUCAAGAGAGAGAUAAAAAUUCUAGAGAAUCUGAGGGGAGGGCCCAAUAUUAUUAAUCUUCUGGAUGUUGUCAAAGAUCCUGUGGUAUGUACAGUAUUUUUGUAUGAUAUGUGUUGUAAUAAAUUGUUUAUAAAUUUUUAGCAUGUCUUCAUGUUAAUAAUUUGCAGUUUUAAAUGUCCAGGUAAAGCAGGAGUAUAUGUACAUGUACAUGAAUUAUCUCAAACCACUUUCUUUGCUUGAGGACUAUAAUUGUGUAUCUAGGGCAAAGACAAAAAAAUAUAAAUCAAACUGCUGAAAAGUCAUUUUGACCUUAAAUUUAUUUGGGACCAAAACACAUGCAUGUCUAGUGUGGUUAUAAUUUUUUCAUAGUUUCAAAACAUUUUUAAACAUAGGUAAAAAAACCUAAACCAAAACACACACUAUGUGCAUGUAUGUUCAUCUACAUUUUCUGCACAGGUUACUUGAUGUAUGAUUUAAGUUUCAAAGUUGAUAGAUUGAGUACUCAGUCAUUUAAACACAAUUCUAUAGAAGACUUACUUGAAAAGUGCAAACAGAUUUCACAGUUACAGGGUGGUGAAAUUGCGCCUAAUACAGGCGCCAAUGCGACUAAAUUUUUCACUUUGGCGACCAAAUCCUGGAAAUUAGUCGCCAAAUUGGCAACUAGAAUUUUUCAUCAUAACCUUACCAAGAGACAUAGUGAAUUAAAAAGAUUUGCAAAGAUAAAUCCGCGGCAAACUUCCUCGUUAAGAUUGUUUCCAAAACGCAACACAUGCAUCUCGAUCGAUAACAAGACGCCAUCUUGGAUUUAGGUGAGCUUUAAUGUUGUAUAUUGUCCAUCCUAGUGUCCACUUUGUGGCACUUUAAAGAUCUUUUCCCAAAUUUAAUUUUGGAGGGUCUAUAUAGAAAGCCGACAGCUUAAAAAAAGGUUAUGUUUGUCUUUGAAAAUGGGGACCAACUUUUUUCCACUUGGCUACCACUUUGAAGAAUUUAGGAGCCAAGUGGCUAUCAGAAAAAAAGAUUAAUUUCAUGCCCUGAGUUACAUGUAUGUCAACACAUUUCUAUAUGUAUAUGUAUUUAUUCUUGUGACAUACAUUUUCUAAAAUGUGCUUUUUUGACAGUUUACAUAUUAUUUAUUUCAACAGUCCAGGACACCUGCAUUAGUUUUUGAGUAUGUAAACAACACAGAUUUUAAGGUGAGUUAGAACAGCAUUUACCUUGAUUAAACUGAUAAAUAUCAUUAAUGUAACUUCCAUGUAAGUUUUAAGCAUACUGUAUAUAUAUGUGAAUAAUCACAAAUUUGUCUACUUUUCUCAGCAACUGUACCAGAAAUUUACUGAUUAUGACAUCAGAUUCUACUUAUACGAACUCCUAAAGGUAAGUAUACAAAAAAACUUGUACCACUUCCAGUUUACUUAAUUGAUAAUAUUACAUGUAAGAGAACUCCAACUUAAAGUGAUUCCCCUUGUUCUCCUCUCAAGAAAUUUAACAGUGAUAACUGGGACCUUUUUGCAUACUUGUAUUUCUAUUUUCCUUGAAGGUACAAGCUUUCAAGGCCUCUUAGGAGCAUGUUCAAAGGAGCCAAUUAUUAAUUUCUUUUUCAUGUCAUUCCACUGUAAGCUUUGAGUCUGGUGCAGAAAUUAAAUACAAAGCUACAGUACUAUAGAGUGAAUGAUUUUUAAAUAAAUGUAUAGGAGGACAUGUAGUACUUAACCACUUGCAUCAGAUCACAAGAACCCCAAACUAUGAAGAUUUCUUAUGUCCUUGUUAUGUUAGGUAAAGGGUUCCUUGCUCUGUAAACAUGAUUCUUACAAACAAUUAUCAGAUGAGGUUUUUUUGAUAUCCAAAAUAAUCAGGGUGGAGGUAGGCCAAUAACCCUUACUGAGACCUUGAUUAUUCUGGAUAUCUCAAAAACUGUAUCUAAUAAUUGUUUUAUUAUACAUCGAACAAAAUAAAAUUGGUUGAGGACAGUAUGUGGAACUGACAAUUUAUUUCUAAACAAGUGAAAUAUACAAAUCAGCAUGCAACAGAAAGUGUUUGAACUUGACAUGAUUACAUACCCUUAGAAAUCAUACACUGUGGUCAUGUGAUUGCCUGUGACCUUGAGUGUCCUUGACAUGAUUGUUGAAUAAUCUGCAGCUGGAUGACAUCUCAGGCACUGAUUUUGAAGAUUCACUACAUGCUUUUGGCCGAUCAGAAAAGAGAUAGUGUGUUGAAUGAAUAAUAAUCUUGUUUAUUGCAAACACAGGCAUUGGACUAUUGUCACAGUAUGGGGAUAAUGCACAGAGAUGUGAAGCCACACAAUGUUAUGAUUGACCAUGACAAAAGACAGGUUUGUAUUGUUUUUUCUCUUUAGUUAAUAAUUAUAUAUUUGUCGACUAUAUUUCUCUAUUAUCAUUAUCAUUAUUGUUAUCAUUAGGCCUUUUAUUCCCAUCACUUUUUAGCUUUAUGCUGUGGUUUAAAUCAUGUGCUAACAAUUAUCUUUCUUCUGUUUUCCUAUAUGUUUUUUUUUUUCUCAUUUUCUUCUGUGUCAUCAGUUACGAUUGAUAGAUUGGGGCUUGGCAGAGUUUUACCAUCCUGGACAAGAAUACAAUGUUCGAGUGGCUUCCAGAUAUUUCAAAGGACCUGAAUUACUGGUUGACCAUCAAGUAUGUAUCGUGAAUGUCUGUUGCUUGUCUUUAGAAUACCUGCAAUUCUUAACUCAGUGCAAGUAUCUUUUACACUGGCUUUUCAUUAAGAGAAAAAUACUCAACAGUUUAUGCCUUUUACUUUUAACUUUUACUAUCAUUGUUACCUUUACUUCUGUGUCAGAUUCCCCAUAUGUUUCCUCUUUAAUGUGGCUUUGAACUCACAGUUUUAAAAAAUUCAAUGAUGUCCAUUUGUUUGUGAUUUCAGGAAUAUGACUAUUCCUUGGACAUGUGGAGUUUUGGUUGUAUGCUGGCCAGCAUGGUGAGGGACUAAUUGAUCAUCAAACCAGUAGGCUACACAUGUUCCACUUUGUGAGAUCAUUGGACAAGAGUGAAUGAAAUUGUUACACAAAAACUGUUUUCUGACUAGUGUGAACACUUCUGUAAGCAUAGAAAGCACAGAGUACUCAGUUAUCAUGCACAGGAUUACAGUGUUCAUUGCAGAAUUUCCCUCCAAAAACAGAGGUCAUAUUAUAGUGUAAAGCUGUAUAUACACUCUUAUAGGGCUACAGUGGGUUUAUCAAAACAAAUAAGGCUUUUAAAUAUUCAUGUAUGUAUGUUUGGGACUGAUUUGCUACUCUAGAGUUUUUCCUCUGAUCGAUGGGGGAAGGAGGGAACUUUAUGUCCAGAGUUUUAACAGCAUGUUCAUAUGUUUUACAUUGAGUAAGUUGUAUUAUUAAUUAAGAUGAUUAAUUUUCUAAUUAAUUGUCACCCUGAAACAGAUUUUCAGAAAAGAACCUUUCUUUCAUGGGCAUGACAACUAUGACCAGGUAAUGUGUUUUCUUGUUCUUUAAUUAAUUUACCUAUUUGUUGCUUGCAGUGUUCAAUAAUAGAUACUUUCUAGGUGUGCAUAACAGAUGAAAAUAGUACUUUUGAAGCUUGAUGACAGGAGACGCCUCAGAUGUUUAGGAAACAUAUAUAGCCUUAAUUUCCUCCCUCUCGGUCCAGUUAAAAAGGAAAGGAAAGGGUAAAAAUUUUACCCUUUCCUUUCCUUUUUAAUGCCUCCACUGCUUUAAUGAAGGGAUUUUAAAAAAUGGAUAUUAUUUUACUUUUUUAAUUUAGAUGACCUCUACCAAAGUGUUGGUUUUUAUUGGUACUUUAAACAUCUAGAGAUAUCCAAAAUGUUUUGGAUGUCUGUGUCUGUAAAUGAUGUGUGAUUUUUAUUAUUGAUUUUUAUUUAAUUUUCUCUUCCUCCAGCUUGUCAGAAUUGCCAAAGUGAUAGGAACAGAUGAGCUGUUUGAAUAUAUCGAGAAGUAUCAUAUUGAAUUAGACCCAAGAUUCAAUGACAUCUUAGGGAGGUUAGUUUUGUUUAUGUUUGGCUGGCGUUUUGGGCGUUAUCGUUUGGCUUAUAGUAUUUAACCCGUCACUUACGAGAUCCAGUAACAAUCCUCUGCAAUGUCUGCCACACACUUUAAAUUCGUUUUUCAAACAAACGCCCCGUUUCUUUAUAAUGAAUUCAAUUCUAGAUCUAAACAUUUGGUCUAACCUCUUAGAGUGUUUGUCUCUAAUUUCCCCUUACAGUGUCUCCCUUAAAUUAAAUGAAAAGGUCAUGAUAAUAAAGGAAAUGAUCACCGGUUUAAGAAGCCCCAGAUUUUCAAACAUAUUCUAGCGAGCAUCAUCGAAAAUGUGGAAAGAAUAGUGAGGAGAAUGUGAAGUCUUAUUUUUGGGUGAAAAGGGUUAAAUCAAACCAUACUCUUAGUCGCUCGUCUCGAGCUUUGGACAAAGAACAAACAAGGCGUCCCACGCUACGUGUAGGAUUCGAACGUCAGACCAUCUGGUCCGAGGAGUUUCUAUCAUGGUAUGGUACUCAACCACCGAACUGAUUGUUUAACCUAAUGUUAUGCCAUGGAUCAAUAUCCCCUCCGGGAGUGUUGGUAACACUAUUUGUCGCUUCAUUACACAAAAACGGGGCGUUUCUAUGAGUCAAAUCCAUGUGCAGACAUAGCCGUCUUGUUCUUUUAUGUUUUACAUCAGCAUAUUCAAGUUUGUUUGUUGUUUUGUCGUAGACAUUCAAGAAAGAGAUGGGAAAGAUUCACGCAUUCAGAGAAUGAACUUCUAGUGAGCCCUGAAGCAAUUGACUUGCUGGACAAGCUCCUAAGAUACGACAUUGCGGUAUGCCGAAACAAUAAACACACUGCAUGUACAUGUAAAAAAAAAUUUCUUGCGUCUGCAUCAAAGAAAAUAUGCUCCCGAAAUUUUCCGUUAUUGUGGAAAUUGCAUAUCCCCUUUCUUUUUCCCGCCUGAAUAUCACCGAAGUCGAGAAUGUACAUGUAAAGAACUACGCGUGCUCUCUGUGCUCUUUGCCCUUUGCUCCUUUUAAACGAUACCCCAUCGGCUGCAUCACGGGCUCAGGUUACGUCAAUCCGAGCCAAAGUCAUAAUCGGAGUCUCACGAGUUGUUUUUCCGUCAAUUGUAAGAAGUUCUGUUCGUAAUAAAAUCGAUGGUCAGCGUCGUAGACAACAACCUCAUUGUCACCCGAACUGUUAGACCACACGAUCAGUCAGCUAUAUUAAUGAUUAUCAAAAUGGUCGUUCCUCUGCGUGUGGCCAUAUGAUCAAGCUGAUACCAGGGAGAACGUGACCAAAAUUCGAUUUCAUGAGUUUUUGGUCUGAUUGAUUAUCUUGUCAAUAGGAACGCUUGACCGCAAGGGAAGCCAUGGAACAUCCGUACUUCCGUAAGUAAAUUUGUAGUGUUUUCAAUACAUUUUGUAAAAUUAAUACGUAGAAAAUGGUCCUAAGGCAUCUUGUGGGAGCUGCAAUAUAUCAGGCGGUUUAAUAUGGCAUAGGAGUGAUGGUUCAAUAGGGUCAGGUUCCCUGGUGUUUGGCCAUUACCCCUUCAUACUCAGUUUGAAAAAGACAAUUAAAGUGAUAACGAUAAUGCCCAAGAACUCAACACAAUGAUCUCACUAAGGUUUCGAAGCCGGACAUUUUGAUGCGUUGUCAAGAGCGCCAAACAUUGUGUUCAUCGCAUCUUUCGCAAAAGAAGCGCGCGUUGGAUAUGAGAUGGUUAAAAGGCCGUAGCGCUGAUUUGGCUUUAACCAUUCUCGUAUCUAACAAGCGCGAAUGGAAUAAUUAUUUCAUUAACUUUCAUUAAAACCUGAAUAUUUGGAAUCUUUUUUCAGCUCAGAAACAGUUGGUACAAUGCAUUUUCAUAUAAGGUGUCUUGGAACAUGAGCUGAUAACCGAUGUUGAAUGAACCAAUCAAAACACUAGAAAUGCAAUAUUCGUAGUUGAAGAUUUGGUAAAGAAUAUGUCCUUAGAAAAAUGAACAAUCACUCUAAAAUAAAAGUAAGUGGAGCCACACAGUGUGCUUAUAGUUACUGUGUGUGCUGUGCCUUACAGAUCCAGUGGUGAGACAGGAGCAACAGAGAUUGGCGCAGACUGUUGUGUCCCCAGUGCCUAUGCAGUCUAGCAGUACACCAACUCAACAGAUCGUCUCGCCUUUACCGUCAGCGCCAACGUCUCCGCUACCAAAUUCGACUCUUCCUGCAUGACCAGAUCAUAACUGUAACCAAACAAAAUUUGGCACAUGGGUGUAGCUGCCGUCAUAGUAAUUAAAGAGAAAAAAAGAAGAAAGAAAAAGGGAGUGUCUCUGUGGGUCAGGUUUUCAACUUUAGAUAGUUGGAUUUUGUUUCGAGUGGGGGUCGUGCCAUUUGAAGCGUUUGUAUUUGUUUUUGUGCCUACCUCAGACCUAACGGGUUGGGGAUAGUUUUCCUUCAAUCCGACUGGCAGUGUUGGCGCCUUAAUGUAGCCUCUCCGUGGUUAAGAAAACGGUACCCAGCCGCCUCGACGAAAUUUGUAGCAAUGAAAUCUUCGCUUUAGAACUGAGAAAUUUUGAAGCUUACCACUUAGGAGGACUUGUUUUAGUUUGUUGAAAUUUGUAUGAUCUUGAUAUACAGUAUGUCUGUGGGAUUUUUGUGAAUGGACGUUUUCAAUUUCAUCUUUGUGUUUGUCUUAAAUGACAGUGUUUUGGUGUUUGUUUGUCUCAAGUAAUGAUUUAAUUGUGAUCUUCUCGCGUAGAAAGGCACAACUUACACUCCAAACAAUUUACCAAUGCUACAGGUCAUUUUCCAGGAAUAUUAAAUCUUGUGUUUCAGUAGUGAAAAUCAUGUAUCAAACAAAUACCUCUGAAGGUGCUAGUGCCAUUUUACAUAAAGAUAUUUUAAAUAUUUAUAAUUUUUUUCCGAACUAAGUCGUCUAAGGUAAGAGGCGCACAAAUUUUGAAGGACAAAAGUUUUCUCCAACAGAUUUUCUUUUUGUUGUCUCAAACUUUACGUGAGAGCCAAGUCCAUCAUGCACACCUCUUUGAGAACAGGGUACAUCACUUAGAAAAGGAGUCCCGUAGUUUUGUAGAUCCUUCUCUUGCUCUUGAAAAUUUCGCAAUGAUAUUGCUGCUUAGAUUUUGAGCGUUGUAAAUUAUUGUUUUAUCAGCAGGUUUGUGUUAUUAAAAAAAAAAAAGGAGUUGUUGUCGUGUCCGUUGUAAAGCCAAGAACCUUCAGUUUCUGUAUUCACUAAAGCUUGAUACCUUUAAAGCACGCUAUUUGUUGUCUCUAGCACAGUAUUGGUUAUCCUAUUGUAAUUUGGUGCGUGAAUUGUUGAUUCUUUGUAAAAUAUUAUAUUCUUACCAAAGCAAAAAAGCGAAACUGACCUCGAACGUAGGUCUCUAUAAUAAUAAAUUUAGAGUGUUGU